AGAUUUAACGUAGAAUGGAAUAAAUUAAAAAAUCAAAAAUGGAAGACGACAGUCUGGGAGCCAGGCCAAAAAUUUACAAAGCUGCAGAAGAUAAACCAAUGGAAGAAGAACCUCCAGCAGAGGUAGACGGAGGGGUAGGAUUAGAGAUGGAUGAAGGCAAUGAUGUAGUUUAUACCGUCAACGUGUCGGAACUCCCUGACGAAGUAUUGGAAUAUAUUUUUAAACUCAUCUCUCCCUACGCUGAUUUCCAGGCCUGUUACAGGGUUUGCCGAAGAUGGCGUGAUUGCUGUAAACGUGUGGUUCGUUCUAGGCUUCUCAACUUUCAUAAUCAAUUAAACAAGGCAGAACUGGAAUGGACUUCAGUACAUACAGAUGAAUCUCCAGGGAAUAUUGGAAAGAGAUAUUCUCACUGUUCUGUUUACUAUCCUCCUUCUCAUUCAAUGUUUGUGUUCGGAGGCUGCACCUGCUCAUCCUCAACCUUUAACGAUCUCUGGCAGUUUGAUCUUUCCUCCAGGAUUUGGACCAGGGUUGUAUCCAUGGGAACGUAUCCGAGUCCAAAGGCUCUGGCGAGCAUGGUUGAGCACGGGAGCAGCCUUAUCCUGUUCGGAGGCUGGACUCAUCCCUCGCCAUAUCCUCUUCAUCAAACCUGGAAACUAUUUUCAGAGCUUCAUAUUUUUAACAUCAAGGAUAACAAAUGGAAUCAGCUUUGUGCAAGAGCUGGCGAGGUCUGGCCUCCUCCUUCAGCCGGUCAUUCUGCUACAGUACACAGAAACAGCAUGGUUGUGUUCGGAGGGUUGCAGAAGCAGCGCGAGGUUGGCUUCUUCUCCAGUUCUAAUAAUAUCUGGGUUUUCUCUGUAUUGGAACAGACUUGGAGAAUGCAACCAGUUCUUGGUAAGAAAUAUGUUAUGCAUAACUAUUCUUGAUGGCUAAGGAUGUUA